GAUUCCUCUCCCUCUUCCUUCUCCUCUUUCUCUCUGCUGCUUAAGAGGUUUCGGUUCGUUAACCCAAUUUGAUUGGACGUUUGUAAAUCUAAAAGUACUAAUAAAGAGCGAAUCUUCAAUGGCAUUAUCAGCUAAAGCUUCGGACUUUGUUGUUAUAGCUGAUUGAUCGAUUAACCUAAUCCCACAUCCUCCAUACUCGUUCAUUCUGUUUGUGUGGAUAACAAAGUGAAAGGAAUAGCUUUUUUUUUUUUUUUUAGUUAAUUGAUGGGUGAAGAGUUAGCUGACACAAUGAACCUGGAUUUGAAUCUAGGCCCUGGUCCUGAGUCGUCAGAUCUCCACCAUGCCCUAUAUGAAACUGUGAAUUUCGCUGAUUGGAGUACCGAGCCACCAUCGGUUAGAUCCUCAGACGCUGUGACAAGGAUCAGAACCCGGCACAGGACAAGGUUCAGACAACUUAAUCUCCCCAUCAUCCCGGUUCUGUCUGAAACCAUGACUAUAGAGUUAAGCCAGUUGAUGGGAGGCUCUCCAAACGGAGUUGCUUUGCAGACUGGUGAGGGUAGUGAAAGAGGCAAUGAAGAUCUGAAAAUGUGUGAGAACGGUGAGGGAGGAGCCACUGGGGACGGUGUAACAGAUAAGGUGACUUCCAAAACCAGUGGCGGCGGCGCCGGAGAUGGUAACUUCUUCGAUUGUAAUAUAUGUUUGGACGUGUCAAAGGAGCCGGUUCUCACUUGCUGUGGCCAUCUUUACUGUUGGCUGUGUCUGUUCCAAUGGCUAAACAUCUCUGAAGCAAAGGAGUGUCCUGUCUGCAAAGGAGAGGUGACCUCCAAAACAGUGACACUGAUCUACGGGCGUGGGAACCAUAAAAGAGAAGUUGUUGAAGAGUGUUUAGAUACAAAGAUCCCUAUGAGACCUCAUGCAAGACGCAUUGAGAGUUUGAGGAAUACAAUUCAAAGGUCGCUUUUUACUAUACCAAUGGAAGAGAUGAUUAGACGUAUACAAAGUCGGUUUGAUAGGGACUCAACCCUUGUCCCUGACGCAUCAAAAAGAGUUCACGAUCGAGCUAAUUCGAUUCUUAACCGGUUGAUGACUUCUAGGGGAGUUAGAUCAGAGCAUAACCAGGCUAGUGCUGCAGCAGCAUCAUCAGAGGAUAUUGAUCUGAAUCCUAACAUUGCUGCUCCUGAUCUUGAAGGAGAGACCACCAACACGAGAUUCUAUCCUCUGUUGAUCAGGAGACAGUUACAGUCACACAGAGUUGCAAGGAUGUCGAAUUUCACCUCUGCAUUGAGCUCUGCUGAGAGGCUUGUUGAUGCGUAUUUUAGAACUCAUCCAUUGGGGAGGAGCUACCAUCAGGAGCUGCACCAUCAUUUUCCUGUUGUGGUUGAUGAUAGAAAUUCUUUCUCAAGCAUUGCAGCUGUGAUGAACUCUGAGAGUCAAGUGGAUACUGCAGUUGAGAUUGAUUCAAUGGUUACUCUUUCGACGUCUUCUUCGAGGAGAAGGAAUGAGAAUGGGUCGAGGGCUUCUGAUGUAGACAGUGCUGAUUCUCGCCCGCCUAGGAGAAGGAGGUUUACUUGAAACGAAUAGAAGAAAAAGGGUUUCAAUCUGUGGAAGAUGGUGUGAUGAGGAAGAAGAAGAUUGUAACUGUGUUUUUCUUUUGUUCCUUCUUGGUUUGUUGUAUCUUGAUUUGUAAAAUGGGAGAAUUUCAGUUUACGACAUAUUUAGUACCAUUUUACAAUUUUAUAAAUGCUAA